GCAUUUUUCGUGUGAGCGGAAGGAGACGGACAGACAGACGGACAGACGGACGGACGGUAAAAUGUCGCGGUCACAUUAAACCACCGAAAGCAUCAAAUCGAUGAAAAUCUGCAACGAAGAAUCAAAACGAAGAAUCCGAAUCACAGACACGCGCAGCCGGAGCGAUGCGAGCGAAGCGGCGCGGCUGAGCGUUGAAGAUGGGUGCCGUAGUACUACAGAGCCUUUUAAUAUGUACUUUGUGUCUGCAGAUACGAGGCCUGCCUCUGCUCCUGUACGCAAACCGGCGAGAUCUGCGACUGGUGGACGCGGCUCAUGGUCGGACAAACGCCACUGUGGUGAUUGGCGGAUUGGAGGACGCGGCGGCGGUGGAUUAUGUUUAUGGACAGGGACUGAUAUACUGGAGCGAUGUGAGUGAGGAGGCCAUUAAACGGACCGUGUUUAACACAUCUGUGCCCAGCGGGGUGCAGACAACAGUCGUGUCCAGUCUGCCCUCACCGGACGGCUUGUCUUGUGACUGGCUCGGGAAUAAGCUUUACUGGACCGACUCGGAGACAAAUCGCAUAGAGGUGGCGGAGCUGGAUGGAGCCUUCCGAAAAGUUUUAUUCUGGCAAGAUCUGGACCAGCCCAGAGCCAUCGCCUUGGAUCCCUGCCGAGGCUACAUGUAUUGGACAGACUGGGGUGAAAUUCCAAAGAUCGAGCGUGCUGGGAUGGACGGGACCCAUCGCUCUAUUAUCAUUGACACUAAUAUUCACUGGCCCAACGGACUCACCCUCGACUAUGACCAGAAGAAGCUCUACUGGGCCGAUGCUAAGUUUAACUUCAUCCACCGCUCAAAUCUGGAUGGUUCUGGAAGGGAGGUUGUGGUGAAAGGAUCUUUACCUCAUCCUUUUGCUUUGACGCUGUACGAGGACACGCUCUUCUGGACAGACUGGAACACACACUCCAUACAUUCCUGUAACAAACACACGGGAGAAAACAGCCGAGAAAUCCAUUCCAACAUCUUCUCACCCAUGGACAUCCACGUCUUCAGCCAGAAGAGACAGCCAAUGGAUGUGCCGAGUCCGUGCUCUCUGAAGAACGGUGGUUGUUCUCAUCUGUGUCUGCUGUCACCGGUUAAACCGUAUUACCAGUGCGCCUGUCCAACCGGAGUCCAACUGCUGGACGACAACAAGACCUGCAGAGACGGUGCCACACAGCUUCUCCUGCUGGCCCGACGUACAGACCUACGCAGAAUCUCUCUCGACACCCCAGACUUCACAGACAUCGUGCUUCAGACAGAAGACAUCCGCCAUGCCAUCGCUAUCGACUAUGACCCCGUGGAGGGUUACGUCUACUGGACAGACGACGAUGUCCGAGCCAUUCGCAGGUCGUACCUGGACGGGAGCGACACUCAGUUCGUGGUGACUUCACAGGUGGAUCACCCGGACGGGAUAGCGGUCGACUGGAUCGCACGCAAUCUUUACUGGACCGACACAGGCACGGACCGGAUCGAGGUGACCCGGCUGAAUGGAACCAUGAGAAAGAUCCUGAUAUCGGAAGAUCUGGACGAGCCCAGAGCCAUCGUGCUGGACCCCGUCGCAGGGUACAUGUACUGGACAGACUGGGGUGAAGAGCCAAAGAUCGAGAGAGCCGCUCUGGACGGCACAGACAGACUGGUGCUUGUCAACACGUCUCUGGGGUGGCCCAAUGGACUCGCCCUCGAUUACACUGAGAGAAAGAUUUACUGGGGAGACGCCAAGACGGACGUGAUCGAGGUGAUGGAGAUGGACGGCUCGGGCAGACGGGUGUUAGUUCAGGAGAAUCUGCCUCACAUCUUCGGCUUCAGUCUGCUGGGCGACUACAUCUACUGGACGGACUGGCAGCGUCGCAGCAUUGAGCGUGUGCACAAACACAGCGCUGAGCGAGAGGUCAUCAUAGACCAGCUGCCCGACCUCAUGGGUAUCAAAGCCACAUACGUUCACAAGACCUUUGGUGUGAACCCGUGUGCGGUGGAUAAUGGCGGCUGCAGUCAUCUGUGUCUCUAUAAACCUCAGGGUGUGUCGUGUGCGUGUCCCAUCGGUCUGGAGCUCACGGUGGAUUUGACCACUUGUAUCGUUCCUGAGGCCUUCCUGCUGUUCUCACGACACACAGACAUUAGACGCAUCUCUCUGGAAACCUACACAAACAACGUGGCCAUCCCGCUCACAGGAGUGAAGGAAGCCUCCGCACUUGACUUCGACAUCACCGACAACCGGAUCUACUGGACGGACAUCACGCUGAAGACCAUCAGUCGAGCGUUUAUGAACGGUAGCGCUCUGGAGCACGUGGUGGAGUUCGGCCUGGAUUAUCCUGAGGGAAUGGCUGUGGACUGGCUGGGAAAGAACCUGUACUGGGCCGAUACCGGAACCAACCGCAUCGAGGUGGCCAAACUGGACGGUCAGCACAGACAGGUCCUGGUGUGGAAAGAUCUGGACAGCCCACGAGCUCUGGCCCUGGACCCUGUCGAGGGCUUCAUGUACUGGACAGAAUGGGGCGGCCGGCCUAAGAUCGACCGCGCUGCCAUGGACGGUUCGGGUCGUAUCACUCUGGUGCCGAACGUGGGUCGUGCGAACGGACUCACCAUCGACUACGCAGAGCGCCGUCUCUACUGGACAGAUCUGGACACGACGCUCAUCGAAUCUUCCAACAUGCUGGGUCUGGAGCGAGAGGUGAUAGCAGAUGAUCUGCCGCAUCCCUUUGGGCUCACGCAGUAUCAGGACUACAUCUACUGGACUGACUGGAGCCAGCGCAGCAUUGAACGGGCAAACAAGACCAGCGGGCAGAACCGUACCAUUAUACAGGGUCAUCUGGAUUACGUCAUGGACAUCCUGGUGUUUCAUUCGUCCCGGCAGGGCGGCUGGAACGCGUGCGCCUCUACUAACGGUCACUGUUCUCAUCUGUGUCUCGCUGUCCCCGUCAGCAGCUUUGUGUGCGGCUGCCCAGCUCAUUACUCGCUCAACUCCGACAACAAGACAUGCAGCGCACCCUCGUCCUUCCUGCUCUUCAGUCAGAAGUCGGCUAUUAAUCGUAUGGUCAUCGAUGAGCAGCAGAGUCCUGACAUCAUGCUGCCCAUCCACAGUCUCAGAAACGUGCGUGCCAUCGACUACGACCCGCUGGACCGACACCUCUACUGGAUCGACUCCAAACAGAAUGUGAUCCGCCGGGUGCAGGAGGACGGUAACCAGAGCGUGGUGGUGGUGUCCAGCAUGGCAGGCGGGGCUAACCUCGGCCUGCAGCCCUAUGACCUCAGCAUUGACAUCUACAGUCGCUUCAUCUACUGGACGAGUGAAGUCACCAACGUCAUCAAUGUCACACGCACAGACGGUUCUCGAGUCGGUGUGGUUCUCCGCGGAGAGCACGACAAACCCAGAGCCAUCGUGGUGAACCCUGAGAAAGGGUACAUGUACUUCACUAACCUGCAGGAGCGCUCACCUAAAAUCGAGCGAGCCGCUCUGGACGGCACCGAGCGGGAGGUUUUGUUCUUCAGCGGUCUGGGGAAGCCGGUGGCUCUUGCCAUCGAUAAUGAGCUGAACAGACUCUUCUGGGCGGACAUGGACCUGAGACGCAUCGAGAGUAGCGAUCUGUCCGGUGAGCUCCCGGGGUUAAAGGUCACUGCUGUUGAUGCUCCGGCAGAAAUAUACGCAAUAGGCUUGUUUUUACAACUCGAAGGCUUUCUUAACCAUCCCCCUUCUCUCCUCAUCUCUCCGCAAGGAGCCAAUCGGGUCGUCAUCGAGGACGCCAACAUUCUGCAGCCCGUCGGACUGACAGUGUUCGGGAAUCACUUGUACUGGAUCGACCGUCAACAGCAGAUGAUCGAGCGGAUCAACAAGGUCACUCGAGAGGACCGGACCAAGAUUCAGGCACGAAUCGCAUCUCUGAGCGACAUCCACGCUGUCCACGAGAUCGACAUGGAGGAGUACAACAGACACCCGUGUACGUCUGAUAACGGAGGCUGUUCACACAUCUGCAUUGUUAAAGGUGACGGAACGACUCGCUGCUCGUGUCCUGUUCACCUGGUGCUCCUGCAGGAUGAGCUCUCCUGUGGAGAGCCGCCCACUUGCUCUCCGGAGCAGUUCUCGUGCGCGUCCGGUGAGGUGGACUGCAUCCCGCAGGCGUGGCGCUGUGAUGGUUUCGCCGAGUGUGAUGACAGCAGUGAUGAGCGUGACUGUCCCGUCUGCUCGGAUGAGGAGUUUCAGUGCGACAGCAAACAGUGUGUGGAUCUUACCCUGCGCUGCAACGGAGAAAUCAACUGCCAGGACCGAUCGGACGAGAACAAAUGUGAAGUUCUGUGUCCUUUAGAUCAGUUCACCUGUGCCAACAGUCAGUGCAUCGGACGCCAUAAGAAGUGUGACCACAACAUGGACUGCACCGAUAACUCUGAUGAGAUCGGAUGCUAUGCUACAGAAGAACCGCCCUUUCCUCCCUCCAACACCAUUGGCUCAAUCGUGGGUGUUGUCAUGGUGUUGUUCGUGGUGGGCGCCGUCUACUUCGUGUGUCAGCGUGUUCUGUGUCCUCAGAUGAAGGAUGACGGUGAGACCAUGACCAAUGACUUUGUGGUCCACGGCCCCUCGUCUGUGCCGCUGGGUUACGUCCCCCACCCCAACUCUCUGACGGGAUCUCUUCCAGGAAUGUCUCGAGGUAAAUCUGUCAUCGGCUCUCUGAGCAUCAUGGGAGGCAGCAGCGGACCCCCGUACGACCGCGCUCACGUCACGGGCGCUUCCUCUAGCAGUUCCUCCAGCACCAAGGGCCCUUACUUUCCUCCUAUUCUCAAUCCUCCUCCGUCACCCGCCACUGUGAGGUCACAGUACACUAUGGAGUUAGGGUACUCGUCUAACAGCCCGUCGACACACCGCUCCUACAGCUACAGACCCUACAGUUACAGACACUUUGCCCCUCCAACAACACCCUGCAGCACAGACGUGUGUGACAGCGACUACACGCCGGGACGCCGGCCACCCCAUGUGUCCAGCGGCGCAGCUAAGGGAUACACCAGCGACCUCAACUACGACUCGGAGCCCCUCCCACCUCCGCCCACUCCGCGCAGCCAGUACCUCUCAGCGGAGGAGAACUGUGAGAGCUGCCCGCCGUCACCAUACACGGAGCGCAGCUACUCCCAUCAUCUGUACCCCCCGCCACCGUCGCCCUGCACGGACUCAUCCUGAGCCACGCCCAUCCUGUGCUAGGCCCCGCCCAUCACCUCUGUGUAAAUAGCUGUCGAUGACGGGAGGGGUGCGGGGAGAAUUCAAUUCCUGUCGGGAUUCCUAGCGGUACUGUACAUUAAAGAAAAGAAACAUAUUUAUAUAUUUUCUAUACAGUGUUUAUUGGGUAUGCCAUAGAGCUUUGUAUUAAAAUUAAUUUGUAAAUUUUUUAAGAGAAAAUUUUAUGAAAUCAACAAAAAUGUAAUGCGUUGCCUUAAUCUAGGAGUUAGAAUCAAACUACCUUCAACCACGCUGAAGGAAUUCUCAAACACUUUCCAAUGCCAAAUAAUUCACAUGAAACCCCUCAGAGAGGUGAGACGCCCCCCACCCCACCCACAGCCUCUGAGCAGAACCUCACUGUGAUCCUGGGUUAGCCUUUUAUCUGACAACACAUGACAGCUGUGGCGCCCGAGCUCUCAAAGAAGAUGGUACUCAGAUUAUUUUUUUACUAUUUUUGUAUUGAAGACAUCAUUGACCUUCAACUGGAAUGAGUUGCAGAAGUGCAGCGAGGUCAGUUUCACAUCUGAUUCUUCAGAGCUGCAGUGCGAAUCAAGACGCACGCUGUGCAUCAUGGGAAGUGGAAUCAAUGGCAACAGUGCGAGCUCCACGAUCGCAACCAAAAAUCAUCUGCGGUGUCUCUGGAUGUUUGUGUUUACUCCAGUCCGCAGCUGAAUGAAAACACGGCUUACAAUCACGGACCACUUCUCGUGCCUGACCGUUUUUAGACUCUUUGAAUCAUUUUUCACCUUUUUUUAAAUAUCAGUGCCCACAAAAGGUCAGAUAUUUUUGUACUGCAUACUGUGUAGAUACUGUAUUUAUAAGCUAUAAAAAGAAAAUUCUCAUUCA